CAACUAGUCGCAUUUAAAAAAGAAAAUACCACAUUUCCUCAAUUUAUUUGAGAAAUUUCGAAUAUUUUUUACGCUAAAAUUGGUCAAUGAAGUUCAAAAAUGGUGAUUGUAACACGAGGUGACUACAUCUGGAUAGAACCCGCAUCGGGUAGGGAAUUCGAUGUAGCCAUUGGCGCUCGUGUCAUAUCGGCCGAAGGUAGACGCAUACAAGUACGCGACGAUGAUGGCAAUGAAGUUUGGCUAUCGCCCGAACGGCGCAUCAAAGCGAUGCAUGCCUCCUCGGUGCAAGGUGUGGAGGAUAUGAUAUCGUUGGGUGAUCUACACGAGGCGGGCAUACUACGAAAUCUACUAAUACGUUAUCAAGAGAAUUUGAUCUAUACUUACACUGGCUCCAUUUUGGUCGCUGUUAAUCCCUAUCAAAUACUACCCAUCUACACUGCCGAUCAAAUCAAAAUGUAUAAGGAGCGCAAGAUCGGCGAAUUGCCACCACAUAUAUUCGCCAUCGGUGACAAUGCGUAUGCGCAUAUGAAACGCUAUCGUCAAGAUCAGUGUAUUGUCAUUUCGGGUGAAUCGGGUGCCGGCAAGACGGAGAGCACUAAAUUGAUAUUACAAUACUUGGCGGCAAUUAGCGGCAAACACUCAUGGAUCGAACAACAAAUACUCGAAGCGAAUCCGAUACUCGAAGCAUUCGGCAAUGCGAAAACUGUGCGCAAUGACAAUUCAUCGCGCUUUGGCAAAUACAUCGACAUACACUUCAGCUCGAGUGGUGUCAUCGAAGGCGCCAAAAUCGAACAAUAUCUCUUGGAGAAAUCUCGAAUAGUUUCGCAAAAUCAUAGCGAACGUAAUUAUCAUGUCUUCUACUGUAUAUUAGCGGGUCUCUCGGCGGAAGAAAAGCGGCGCUUGGAUCUGGGCAAUGCGGCGGAUUAUAAAUAUCUCACCGGCGGCGAUUGUAUUACGUGCGAAGGACGCGAUGAUACCGCUGAGUUCUCUGACAUACGCUCGGCCAUGAAGGUGUUGCUCUUCUCCGAUCAAGAAAUCUGGGAAAUCAUAAAAUUACUCGCCGCGCUGCUACACUGUGGCAACAUUCGGUAUAAGGCCACGGUUGUCGACAAUCUAGACGCCACCGAAAUACCCGAACACAUUAAUGUGGAACGAGUCGCUGCUUUGCUUGGACUGCCCAUGCAGCCAUUGAUCGACGCUUUGACGCGUCGCACACUCUUCGCGCAUGGCGAAACGGUGGUGUCAACGCUGUCACGUGAGCAAUCCGUGGAUGUGCGUGAUGCCUUCGUGAAGGGCAUUUAUGGGCGACUCUUCGUGCAUAUUGUGCGCAAAAUUAAUUCGGCGAUUUUCAAGCCGCGCGGCACUUCACGUAAUGCUAUUGGUGUAUUGGAUAUUUUCGGUUUCGAAAAUUUCGAUCAAAAUAGUUUCGAACAAUUCUGCAUCAAUUACGCGAAUGAGAAUUUGCAACAAUUCUUCGUGCAGCAUAUUUUCAAACUCGAACAGGAGGAGUACAAUCAUGAGGCCAUCAAUUGGCAGCACAUUGAGUUCGUGGACAAUCAGGAUGCGCUCGAUUUGAUUGCCAUCAAGCAGUUGAAUAUUAUGGCAUUGAUCGAUGAGGAGGCACGCUUCCCCAAGGGCACGGAUCACACAAUGUUGGCGAAGCUGCACAAAACGCAUGGCGCACACAAGAAUUACUUGAAACCGAAGUCUGAUAUUAAUACCAGCUUCGGUUUGAAUCAUUUCGCUGGCGUGGUUUUCUAUGAUACCAGCGGUUUUCUGGAUAAGAAUCGUGACACAUUCAGUCCGGAUCUGCUGCAUUUGGUUAGUCAAAGUUCGAAUAAGUUUUUGCGUCAAAUCUUCAAUCAAGAUAUAGAAAUGGGCGCGGAGACGCGCAAACGCACACCGACGCUCUCGACGCAGUUCCGCAAGAGCUUAGAUGCCCUAAUGAAAACGCUAAGCACGUGUCAGCCUUUCUUCAUACGUUGCAUCAAACCGAAUGAGCUGAAGAAACCUAUGCUCUUCGAUCGUGGUUUGUGUUGUCGGCAGUUGCGUUACUCCGGCAUGAUGGAAACGAUACGCAUACGUCGCGCUGGCUACCCCAUACGCCAUGGCUUUCGCGAUUUCGUUGAGCGUUAUCGCUUUCUAAUACCCGGUGUGCCGCCAGCGCAUCGCACCGAGUGUCGUGCGGCUACCGCGCGCAUAUGCGCCACCGUGCUGGGCAAGUCGGACUAUCAGCUGGGUAACACGAAGGUGUUUCUCAAAGAUGCGCAUGAUCUUUUCCUCGAACAAGAGCGCGAUCGUGUGCUCACACGCAAGAUACUGAUACUGCAACGCACCAUACGCGGUUGGGUCUACCGCCGUCGCUACUUGCGCAUGCGCGCUGCUGUCAUCACCGUACAACGCUACUGGAAGGGCUAUGCGCAACGGCAACGCUACCGUCAAAUGCGUGUUGGCUACAUGCGCUUGCAAGCGCUCAUACGCUCGCGUGUGCUCUCACAUCGUUUUCGGCAUUUACGCGGUCACAUUGUGGGAUUGCAAGCGCAUGCGCGCGGCUAUUUGGUGCGUCGUGAGUAUGGACACAAAAUGUGGGCGAUCAUUAAGAUACAAUCGCAUGUGCGUCGCAUGAUUGCUAUGCGUAGAUAUCAGAAAUUGCGCGAAGAGUAUAAACAAUUCGCGGAAGUGUUGCAUCUGCGCAAGCUGGAAGAGCAGGAGCUAAUGCAUAAGGGUAAUAAGCAUGCGCGUGAGAUUGCGGAGCAACAUUACCGCGAUCGUUUGCAUGAGCUGGAACGCCGCGAAAUGGAGAAGGAGAUUGAAGAGCGUCGCCGCGUGGAGGUGAAGAAGAACAUUAUUAAUGAUGCAGCGCGCAAGCAAGACGAACCGGUGGACGAUAGUAAGUUGGUGGAGGCGAUGUUUGACUUUCUGCCCGACUCGAGCAGUGAGGCGCCCACACCACAUGGCGGCCGCGAAACGUCGGUGUUCAACGAUCUGCCGCACAACAAUUCCAUGAAUCAUGAGGACAUUAUUGGCCCGCUACAUGUCUCCGAGGAUGAAGAAGAUCUUUCUGAGUUCAAGUUCCAGAAAUUCGCCGCCACAUAUUUCCAAGGCAACGUUACACACCAGUACUCAAAGAAGGCGCUGAAACAUCCGUUGCUGCCGCUGCACACACAAGGCGAUCAGUUGGCCGCGCAAGCGCUCUGGAUAACCAUAUUGCGUUUCACUGGCGACAUGCCUGAACCGAAGUAUCAUACAAUGGACCGCAUGGAUACCACUUCCGUUAUGUCGAAGGUCACAGCCACGCUGGGCCGCAACUUUAUAAGAAGCAAAGAAUUCCAAGAAGCGCAGCUGAUGGGUCUCGAUCCCGAUGCGUUCCUCAAGCAGAAGCCGCGCUCUAUACGCCACAAACUCGUUUCGCUAACGCUCAAACGCAAGAACAAACUCGGCGAAGAUGUGCGUCGCCGCCUGCAAGACGAGGAGUACACCGCGGAUAGCUACCAAUCUUGGCUGCAAUCGCGUCCCACCUCGAACUUGGAGAAAUUGCAUUUCAUUAUCGGCCAUGGCAUAUUGCGCGCCGAACUGCGCGAUGAAAUCUACUGUCAAAUCUGCAAACAACUUACCAAUAAUCCGCUCAAAUCCUCGCAUGCGCGCGGCUGGAUACUGCUUUCGCUGUGCGUCGGCUGUUUUGCGCCCUCCGAGAAGUUCGUCAACUAUUUGCGCGCCUUCAUACGUGAAGGUCCACCCGGUUAUGCACCGUACUGUGAGGAACGGCUGAAGCGCACAUUCAAUAAUGGCACGCGUAAUCAACCGCCCUCGUGGUUGGAGUUGCAGGCCACCAAAUCGAAGAAGCCUAUCAUGUUGCCUAUCACUUUCAUGGAUGGCAAUACGAAAACGUUGCUCGCCGACUCGGCUACCACAGCCCGUGAGCUAUGCAAUCAGCUCUCUGAUAAGAUCACGCUCAAAGAUCAAUUUGGCUUCUCACUCUACAUAGCGCUCUUCGAUAAAGUCUCGUCGCUAGGCAGCGGUGGUGAUCAUGUCAUGGACGCCAUAUCACAGUGCGAACAAUAUGCGAAGGAACAAGGCGCACAAGAACGCAAUGCGCCAUGGCGUCUCUUCUUCCGUAAGGAGAUCUUCGCACCCUGGCAUGAUCCUACACAAGAUCAAGUCGCCACGAACCUCAUCUAUCAGCAGGUGGUGCGCGGCGUUAAAUUCGGCGAGUACCGCUGUGACAAGGAGGACGAUUUGGCAAUGAUUGCGGCGCAACAGUACUUCAUCGAAUACGGCACGGACAUGUCCAUGGAACGCUUAUUCACGCUGCUGCCCAACUUUAUACCAGACUUCUGUUUGACUGGCGUGGAGAAAGCGAUCGAACGCUGGGCCGCACUGGUGCUGCAGGCCUAUAAGAAGUCUUACUAUGUACGCGAUAAGGUGGCGGCGUUGAAGAUUAAAGAGGACAUUGUAAGUUAUGCGAAGUUGAAAUGGCCGCUGCUGUUUUCGCGCUUCUACGAAGCCUACCGUAACUCGGGACCAAAUUUACCGAAGAACGAUGUUAUAAUUGCGGUGAAUUGGACGGGUGUCUACGUGGUGGAUGAUCAGGAGCAGGUGUUAUUGGAGCUAAGUUUCCCGGAAAUCACCGCCGUGUCCAGUCAAAAGACAAAUAAAGUGUUCACACAGACCUUCAGUUUGUCCACCGUGCGCGGUGAGGAGUUCACCUUCCAGAGUCCGAACGCGGAGGACAUACGAGAUUUGGUGGUGUACUUCCUGGACGGGUUGAAAAAGCGCUCGCGCAAUGUGAUCGCUAUACAGGAUUAUCGCGCGCCGUCGGACGGUUCGAGCUUCCUUUCAUUCCUCAAAGGCGAUCUCAUCAUACUCGAGGAUGAGUCAUGCGGCGAGUCGGUGCUCAACAACGGCUGGUGUAUUGGACGUUGCGAACGCACACAGGAACGAGGUGAUUUCCCGGCGGAAACUGUUUAUGUGCUGCCCACGCUCACAAAGCCGCCACAAGAUAUCUUGGCACUGUUCAAUGUCGAAGAAGCACAUCAUGGUCGUCGCCUGAGUAUGGUUUCGAAUGGCGUGCCCGAGGCACGUGAUCGUCCACAUACGUUAAUGGAGUACGCAUUGGAUCACUUCCGUUUGCCGCCGAAGCGCACUAUGUCCAAAACGCUGACACUGAGCUCGAAGCGCGCCGAUGAAAUCUGGCGUUACUCACGUGAUCCCAUUAAGGCGCCGCUGCUGCGCAAGUUACAGAGCAAAGAGGAGCUCGCCGAGGAGGCGUGCUUUGCAUUCGCUGCCAUACUGAAGUAUAUGGGCGAUCUGCCAUCGAAGCGUCCACGUAUGGGCAAUGAAAUUACCGAUCACAUUUUCGAUGGACCGCUCAAACACGAGAUUUUGCGUGAUGAAAUUUAUUGUCAAAUCAUGAAACAGUUAACGGACAAUCGUAAUCGCAUCUCUGAAGAACGCGGCUGGGAGCUAAUGUGGCUUGCUACUGGACUCUUCGCUUGCUCGCAAGGUUUGCUCAAAGAGUUGAUGAUGUUCUUGCGCACACGUCGUCACCCCAUCUCACAGGAUUCGAUGCAUCGUCUGCAGAAGACAAUACGUAAUGGCCAACGCAAGUAUCCACCACAUCAAGUGGAAGUCGAAGCGAUACAGCACAAAACUACACAAAUUUUCCAUAAAGUCUACUUCCCCGACGACACGGACGAAGCCUUCGAGGUGGACUCGUCAACACGCGCAAAAGACUUCUGCCACAACAUCUCACAGCGUCUCUCAUUGCGCACCAGCGAAGGUUUUUCGCUAUUCGUGAAGAUCGCCGAUAAGGUGAUCUCUGUGCCGGAGGGCGAUUUCUUCUUUGACUUUGUACGUCAUCUGACUGAUUGGAUUAAGAAGGCGCGUCCCAUACGCGAUGGCUCAAAUCCGCAAUUCACCUAUCAAGUGUUCUUCAUGAAGAAGUUGUGGACGAAUACGGUGCCGGGUAAGGAUCGUAAUGCCGAUCUGAUAUUCCACUAUCAUCAGGAGUUGCCGAAAUUGUUGCGCGGCUAUCAUAAGUGUUCGCGCGAGGAGGCGGCCAAGCUGGCGGCGCUGGUCUAUCGCGUGCGUUACGGCGAGAACAAGCAGGAGUUGCAGGCCAUACCACAAAUGCUGCGCGAACUGAUACCCUCCGAUAUUAUGAAGAUGCAAAGCACCAGCGAAUGGAAGCGUGCCAUUGUGGCUUCGUACAAUCAGGAUGGUGGCAUGAGCUCGGAGGAUGCCAAGGUGGCAUUUUUAAAGAUCGUUUAUAGGUGGCCCACAUUCGGUUCCGCUUUCUUCGAAGUCAAACAAACGACUGAACCAAAUUUCCCGGAAAUGUUGCUGAUUGCGAUCAACAAGCAUGGCGUCAGUCUCAUACAUCCAGUCACUAAGGACAUUUUAAUCACACAUCCAUUCACACGCAUUUCCAAUUGGUCCUCCGGCAACACUUACUUCCAUAUGACCAUUGGCAAUUUGGUGCGUGGCUCCAAGUUGCUAUGUGAGACAUCUUUGGGCUACAAGAUGGACGAUCUGCUGACAUCAUAUAUAUCACUUAUGUUAACGAAUAUGAACAAGAAUCGCACUAUACGAGCAAAUUAAUUAUAAGCAAUAUUAAGUUAUUAACUAGGGCAUAGAGAGAAAUGGUGAAAAAGUAAAAAAGAAAA